UCAAACAUGGAUUCUUCUGUAGUCGAAGAAUCUGAGAAUUUUGAUUCAUUUAGCGAAAAUGAAUAUGUUAAAACAAAUAGCAAUACUCCAAAAGAAACCUCAGUUAGCAAUAAUAAUAUCGUACAUAAGUUGUUUAAUAGAGAGAUUUAUGGUAACACAUCAAGGAGACCUAGUGAGAAAACUAAACGAAUAUUCGACAAAAUACCUCCCCGACUUCGCUUUUGUCUUAUGGAUAUUGUACCUAUGCGGUACUUGAGGGAGCAUGUGUUCAUGGGGUUCUCCCAAUGUGGACAGUUUCUACUAAGUUUUACAUACAGCUGCAAUACUCAAGUUUACUUCAGAGAAAGUUCAAAGUUUACGCUUCAUUUUUUACUGUGGGUGCCGGGUUGCGUAGCCCGGCCGGUGCACAGUGUGCCGUUGUUUGGUGAUGACAGUGUGGACAGCAAGGUGACAAUAUCCAUGGCCCAGUGGAAACACAACCCUGGCGUGCUUGUGGUCUAUGGCAUUGCUGAAUCCCUCUCGGAACGUUCCUACCUCAGUGUUAUUGGAGUACCUCGUUUAGGAUGUAGAAAGUGCUCAGCCAUUUCCAAAGAUGAAGAUGAUCCCGAUCCAAAUUGGAAUAAACGUUGUUUAGAGCAUAGUUUUGCGAUACACACCAAAUUCGUCUGUUCCUUCGACUCUAGCUUGUACGAGCCGGUGGUCCAGCUAGCAUACACAAACCAAAUUAUCAUAUACACAGACUUCAUACACAUAUUAGAAAUUGAUUUAGUUAAACCUGAUCCAGAUAGAACUGAUAUUCAGGAGGACAGGCAGUAUUCUUUAGAUAGGGAAGAAAUUAAUUCAGUAUACACAAAUCCAAGCACACCAGCUUCGGACGUGUCUGCACCGUUUCAAUCGCCUAAAUAUCAGAACAAUGUGGUGCAGAAUAUUCUAGCUGAUUUUGCGGAGAUUGAAGAGCCAUAUCAAAUGUCCAGACCGGUUCAAUUACCCGAUGUUAUGGGGCAGGAACUAUGUAUCCAAGCGUCCUCAAUAUCGCACAAUUUAAUGGAAGAAUGGGAAGGACCCUCACCAUCUAUAAGAACAUUAAUUAGCCCACCCUUAAGAUCCCCGAGGAGACGACCAGCAGAAAGUAUGUCGAGAUUCAACGAAGCACAUAGAAUAAAAGCGGAAAAAGCGUACGAAUUCGUCGAAGAGGCAGAAAUAAAGUGCGAGAAACUCAGUAUGUUUAGAAAACGACGUUUAGCGGAUAAGAAAUACGAAUUUUCAGAGGAUAACAAUGAGAAUAUCGUCCCGUUUAGAGUGCUAAGGAGUAAUAGGAAAUAUUUCACAGGGUCAACGAGCAAAAGUCAAACUAGAAGGGCUAGGUCACCGCCCGUCGAGAGCGUUGUGUUGAGAGCCCAUAACCAAAUUAGGCCGACAUCCCCAACAAGUAGCAUAGAUCUUAAAAAUCCUGGACUGUCGUCCCUUGAGUCGGACAGAAACAGUGAAUCAGAGUAUAGAGUAACGGAAAUGCUAGACGAUGGUUCCCUCAAAACAGUGUCAGUACACGAUAACACGUCUAAAACGUUGUCAGAUUACCCCGUAAAUCCUCAAGAUCCGUAUUUAGUUCACACAGGAAAUUCGAAAUGCAGUAAAUUUUUUACGAGAUACUUUCUGGAAAGUGAUGAUGAGAUUACGUCUAUUAUCACAGAUUCCGAAGAUGACUGCAUAGCGGGUUGCCAUGUAGCUCUACCCCUAUGCGGGCAAGGGGUAGGCCAGGCUUUGCAAGGGGUAGGGGCGGGCGCAUGGGAAAGGCUACGUACCCAACCUCCACUAACAUUGCGAGCUCAACAAAGAACGUUGGACACGGAAUUGCUGUGCAACGAAGUAUGCGGUAGAUUGUGUACGCUCAGAGGAAAGAAGUUCAUUUACUGCUUUGAUUUUGGAUGUCACGUAAUUGACGUUUGCCAAUCUAGUGGAUGCCUUUCUGGGUUGUGCGCGAUGUGGCUGUGGGCCAACGACGGCGAGGCGUGCGAGGCGUGCGAGGAGCCCUCCGCGGGAUGCUUGCAGCAUCGGAGGCAGUACGCCGCGCAGUGUCUCUUCGUAUGGGAUCUCGUUAGCGGUGUGUACAGAACGGAGAGGGAGGCUAUGACAGAAGACUUUAGUCAAGAGACUUCUAGAGUUUCAGGCGUAGAGCGCGCGCGGGAGUUGGCCAAGCGACUGGGCUCCAUCAACACGCCGCCCGCCAACGAGACGCGUCUGCUCACCACACUGACUGGUAAAUCUCUCAAAAGACUGACCGACGUGGACAACUGCGUGGAAAUCACAAAGAACCACCCCGACAGCUCGGAGUCGGAGUCGGAACCGUCCGAGGACAGCGAUUACGAGUAACAUUGUAUAACUAUGUUGUUUUUGGGUUCCGUUUCGUCGUAGUCAUUUUUGGGACGAGCCAUAGUAAAAUAGACUUAAUAGUCGUUGUUUUACAGCUUGAGUUCCUCUGCACAUCUUUUGCUGCUACACGCAGGCUAUAAGCUGCGGCCAAUCAAAAGCAGUUUUAGUAGUAGAAGAGAGCUUCUUGUGACAGUGCUCUAUAAUACCACCGCCACGCUUAUGUCUGUGUCAUGCUGCAUUGCUAUGUUGGCUGAAAGUCGCAGUUGCUGGUGUAAUUACAUACAGGCAUAUGAGCCCUAACAACUUCUCUUCAGGGUGAUAGAAAAAAAAAAGGGGGGGGGGGGCACUUUUUAGGACAUGUUCCUUGCAUGCCCUGCGAAUUGUUGCUCUGUUCAUAGACGAUGGUUUUCAAUUUAAAAUAAAAUAUAAAAAGAUUCAGUUCAGAACUUGAAAUCAGCGAAGAGCAUACGACUUUAAAACUAGAAGCAUUAAGUCGAUUUUACUUUGGCGGCGUGUGGUUGCUAUAUUCGAAAAUUAAACGUUAUAUAAUUGGUUAAAAUAUUGUCCUUGUACCGUUCUUCUAACAAAGACAUGUGGUAGUACCGUACAGUACGCGGGAUUUAAGUUGACCAGACAGAAGUCACGUGACACUGCAUACAUCGUAUAUGGUAUAUUGUACAUUGUCCAUGGUACAUUGUACAUGGUACAUUAUACAUGGUACAUUAAACACUGUAUAUUGUGCAUGGUACAUGCUUGAACGUCUCUGUGAGCCAACUUUUAAGGCUGGUCGAGUAACAACGAGCGGAAUCUGUAUCGCGUAAUUUGAUGAAUAUUUACGAACUAGAUGUUUCUAGAAUUAAAAAUGUUUUCAUCGUAAUGCAUCAACUCAAAGAUGGCGUUAUAUAGUAUAGUAUAAUCUAAAAACAUGUAAAUAGACACUCGCUCAGCAAUAGAUAAUAAAGUUCCCAGAUAUUAUAUUUUUAAAUAUGCAAGCUAGCUGAUAAUUUUGUUUAUUGUAAAUAGCAUUGAUUUUUAAGUACCUACCUAACAUCACGAAUAGUUUGUACGGUUGACAAGUCUUCAUUCCACAUGGCGGAAUGUGAGUGGGCUCAUUCAAUAUAAAAUAUAAAUUAUAGAAAUUAAACAUUAAAAAAGUGCCAUAGUUUUUCGGUGUUAGGGAAAAUUGAAGGAUUUAAGUUUUAAUUAUUUGAUUGCGCCUGGUAACAUGACAAGAUUAUAUUAUGUGUGAACACUACAUAAGUUGUGUGCACUUCAUACACCCAUAUAAGCACUGCCUGCCCUUUUUUCAUAUAUGAUCUGGCCGCUUAAUGGAUACUCUAGUUAUUUACAGUAAGAUUUGGUUAUUACCCCUGGAUAUAUACUCCAUACAUAAGCAUUGAAAUAAUGGACUUACCUAACUGAAGUACUGUAAUUCAAGCAACUGAGAUAUUUUUGUAAUUAUUCUUUUGAACUACAAUCCACUAUAAAGUUAAUGAAAGUUAGAUCUGAUGUAGUUUUAGAUAGGAUUUCCGAAAAUACGUAAUAAAAUUAACUUGUAUGUGUGUGUUGUGUGUGUGUGUGCUAAGGAAGUUAAACUUCAUUAAUUUAGAUUCAUACACUUGUAUGCUUGUGUAUACAGGCAAUAAGAUCUUUCGUUGAACGCUGUGAAUAAUUAUCAGUUAAGAUUAUUAACCCACAAUAAAUUGUAAAUAACAAAUAACCCAUCGUAUAUUUGUCUUAUGUUAUCGUCAUGGCGAAUAUUUAAUUUUUGUAUAUCAUCAAAGCAAUGUUAAUUUCAAUUACUAGGGCUGUUGCGGCUUAAACUUUAUUGCGAAUUCAGCCAUUCUCUGUCCUCAUUAAGCACAGUGCAAGUCCAUAGAUUGCGUAAAUAAUUACAAUCUAUGCUAAAGUCAGAUUUUUAAUUCACUGGAGUAAACCGACAGUUGCUAAUGUCACUUUAUUUAAAUAGUUACGUUCCAGUUGAGUAGUGCAUCAACUCAGUCGAACAAAGCUAAUAGGAACUAUUUAUUGAGGCGUUGAUAGCCAAGUGGGCGUGCACUUCGUAUAUGUACAAAAGCACUGCCUACCCCAAAAUUUUUAUAUAACUCGCAUAAGAGGAGGAUUUUUGCCGUUUUAUGCAAUUUUCCUGAUGUAUGCAUACCCUGGUAAGAAACCCAGUGCAAGUCACUGCCAGUGGGCUAUGACUUCGACAUCACUAUCGGGGGGCCGAGUUCGAAUCCCGG